CCUUGUCCAAAAGUUUCUGGCAUGGUUGGCUCAUGACAGGAAGAAACGACAUUUUUUUUGCCACCUGUAACAUCCUGUCAAAAUUUGAAGCAAGUUUAGCCUAAGUAUGUUGCCAGGAGGGUUCAAAAAGGACUCCCGGGUUUGGCUGCACAAAAACGCCCACGUUUUCCCCAAGAAGACGCCGCCCAUAAACGUACAAGGGGUGGGAAGUGACGACCCCUACGAGCAGCUCCUCGAAGACCCGUUAUACAACCAAACUCACGUGAUAACAGACGAGAGCGGACGAGUGUUUAAGAAGGACAGCAGAACUUGGUUACACAAGGUAUGCACGUUUGAUUGGCUGGAUUGUGACAACUUUUUACUGUUUUGCACGUUGAAUUCCGGUGAUCAGUAGAAAAAAAAGGGGGGGGGGGCGGACGACGACAUAUUUUUGCUGAAUGAAUAAUGUACACAAAGGCUAAAUCAUACAGUUAUCAUACGUCUUACACAUUGGUUGUUUUAAUUUUCUCUAGCAGUUCCCACACACGUUAAAAAUUGAUUUUUUGUUAUCCUCUUAACAGUCAUCGUUUAAAAAACUGGCUAAAUCUGCCCCCAACGGAACACAUCGACUAGUAUCUUCAAGGCGACAGGUAGGACUACGUCAAAUAAAAUGCCGAUAACUCCCGUCGCAUGUCUGUCUGGAACUAAUGCUAAGAAAGACAACCUUUCAAACAAGGGUUGCAUUUUCAGAUAGCGUUGCAUUUUCAGACAGCGUUGCAUUUUCAGAAUAUUCUCUUGCGUCCCCUUUUAAAUUCCUUAACACAUAUUCCCACUAAAUCAAUCACGAUCUAUGAUUAGAGGAAAUCUAAAAUACGGUGUUCAAUUUGUGAAAAAAAUUGUCAUUUUUUAAGGCUGCAAGUCUAAAAGUUAUUUUUGCUACCGCUAAAAAGGCAGUGGACAGAAAAUUUUCAUAUUUUAAAGUUCUCCAUUAAAGUAUUUAAAGUGUACAUAUUUUUCAGAUCACUCUAUCGAUGACGUCAUUCUUUUUCAUUUUAAAAUCGUGUUUUUACAUCUCCAACAGCCAUGGGAAAAUUUAGAACUUUCUGACAAUGAAAGAUUUUCCGGUGAAGGCGUGAUCCGGACAAGGAGCAGCACUGAGAUGGUUCGCGUGCAAAAUGGGGUCAAUAAAAUCAAGAAGAAGAAAAGAGCCCCAGGUCUUACCGCUGACGGCGUCUUCGCACCCAGUUUAGAUUUCCGAAGUGUUAAAGAACAACCUACUAAAGGUGAAGUGUAGCAUUUUAUUUUUUCUCUGGCCGAUUUAAAUGAAAUAUGUACAUUAGGAAAUGGCUUCAACGAGCCGUCGAGCCAGAGCCCUUAAAAUGCCCUCCCUAAAUCACCCCCCCCCCCGAAAAGUCCCCUAACUAUCGGCCGCAAGGCGGCAAGUUGGGGAUCUCCUCCUUCUAGCAGUCCCCCUGGACAGUUCCUUGAGGUAGGUGGGCCGUUUUCUAGUAGUUCCCCUGGACAGUUCCUUGAGGUAGGCGGACCGUUUUCUAGUAGUUCCCCAUGACAGUUCCUUGAGGUAGACGGGCCGUUUUCUUGUAGUUCCCCUGGACAGUUCCUUGAGGUAGGCGGUCCGUCUAAUAGUCCCCUUGGAUAUCCCUUGAGGUAUGCGGUCCGUCUUCUAGUCCCCCUGGAUAGUCCCUUGAGGUAUGCGGUCUUCUAGCCCCCCUCCCCCCCCCCUGGAUAGUCCUUUGAUGUAUGGGGGCCGUGUGUUUAUUACCAGCUGCUGUGCUUAUUUCAUCCUUAUGUCAAACAGGUUAACUUAUCUUGUUGUUACAUGUGAUUUACUAUUCUUUUAAUACGACAUAUGUAAAGCUGCCUGUUAUAAUAAAUGUUGCACUGUAUUUGUUAAGAAAAAAAAUACAUUUUUAUUUAGGGAACGGGGUGGGGGUUGAAAUCUUGCCUUGGGUGAUUUCCCACAACUUUUCCCCCAGGACUUGACUCCUGCAUAUACAGUUACAUUUUCUGAGCUCAGACAAGGUCAUCUCAAUAGUUACAGCAAAUAUUUCAAACUUUCCCCUAACCUCCCCCUGUUUGCAACGCAACAAUGGCGCCUCGCCUUGAAUUUCCCCAUUUAGACAGUUCUAUAACAUUAGUGGAUUAGUUACAAUGUUACAUUUUAGAACUUUGAAAAAUAACCGACUGAAGAAGAUUAAUAUUUCACUCAUAGAUUUUUUUUUCCAAAUGAAUACUUGUUAAUUGAUCAGAGAAUUCAUGCAAUGGUGGCGACCUGACGCCCCAGGCAUGGAAGUUUCACCAACCAUUCUCAGGUCGCAACAAGCAACCGGGUGCUUCCUUACACUGUAUGGCGACAACAAAGAAAGGAAGUCUGGAAGUGUCU